GCGUUGUCGGGCGGUGCUCUGGCCUCCGGCAACGUGCCUGCCAUCGUCAACACGGUGCCAGCUCGCCCUGGUGUGCCGGCCCACUUCAAGGAAUGCCCCGAGGACGUGUACAUCCUGGAUCAGGCUGAGGAGGAGGGCUUGGAGCUGCCCUACUCCUGCCGCGCGGGCUCUUGCUCCAGCUGCGCUGGCAAGGUCCUGGAGGGCGAGAUUGACCAGAGCGAUCAGGCCUUCCUGGAUGACGACCAGACGGGCGAGGGCUUCUGCUUGACCUGCGUGACAUACGCCACGUCCGACGUGACCAUCAAGACCCACUGCGAGGAUGAGCUGUGA